CGGUAGAGUAUACCCAUUGUUACUACUGCUGCGGCGCAUCAUUGUUUGACUGCGCCGAAGUCAUUCCAGACUCCUGAUAUAGACCGCCGCUGGCAUUGUGCACCGCCCGUCAGCCGCGUCCUCGUGUUUCAGUUGAACGUCUCAUAUCAACUCUAAUGCCCCCGAAACACUUUUCCUGGACCUUCACUCCUCCCUUAUCUGUGAAAAAGAAGUAACUGAACAUCGUUACUCUACGAAAUCCUGCCCCUGUGUAUCCCAUUUGACUUACAGCAAGAUGGGCAAGUUCAGUUUCAAGAAGGGCGACAAUGACGACGACUCAAGUAGACUCGCCCUGUUUGGCUCACGGUCGAAGUCCAAAUCUCCUGCUCCCUCCUCAAAUCCGUAUGCACAGGCGGCUGUGCCUCCAGAUCCCUACACAAAGGCCAAGAUGAAUGCUGGCAUAGUCCCGCCUCAAGGUCAGGCGCCCCUUGCGGCCACCACACAACAAGGAGGCUAUCGUCCAGGGCCCCCGCCUCAAGGCGGUUUCAGCGGACUGCCAGGACCUGGGCAGCAGAGGCCGUCAUAUGGUAGGGACAAUUCCUACGGUGGCGGCCCGCCCAAUAACCCUCCAGCGGACAACAAAUCUGGGCCACCUCAGGGUGGUUAUGGCGGCGGCGGGUACAGCGCAGAGAAGUUUGGUAAUCAAAAUGGUUAUGGCGCUGGAGGCAGCGGUGGUAAUCCCUAUGCGAGCACCCAGCAAACGGGUGGCACAUCACGACAGGGCGGCUAUGGCGGACUUGGGGCUAACAACCUAUACGACAACGAUCCGAAUCGGGACCAGCUUUUUGGUGGUGCAAGGGAGCGCGUUGAACAAAAACAGCCUCAAACAACCGGUCCACCCGAUUAUCAGUACGACGCGGCCAAUGGUGGCGGGGAUCGAAGUUACGGGGCCUAUGGCGAUCGGCAGUUGACUGCUGAGGAGGAAGAGGAAGAGGAUAUCCAAGCAACCAAGCAGGAGAUCAGAUUUAUGAAGCAGCAGGACGUAGCCUCGACGAGGAAUGCUCUCCGCGUUGCUGCUCAAGCCGAAGAGAUGGGUCGCAAUACUCUUGCUCGCCUCGGCGCGCAAGGCGAGAGAAUGCACAACACUGAUCGCAACCUAGAUAUUGGGAAUAAUCACAUCAACAUUGCCGAAGACAAGGCGAAAGAACUGAAGACUCUGAACAGGAGCAUGUUUGCAGUUCAUGUCAGCAAUCCUUUCACCGCCAAGGACAGGCGUGCUCGUCGCGACGAGCAGAUCAUGGAGCGGCAUCAUGCAGAACGAGAGUCCCGAGAGGCGACUCGAGAAGCCGCUUUUCGGAGCACACAGCGUAUGAACCAGAAUUUCAAGGGGCUAGACGAGGUCUCCGCCGGAACAAAGACCAAGUCAAGCCUUGCCGAGCGAGCGAAGUAUCAGUUCGAAGCUGAUAGCGAGGACGACGCCAUGGAGGAUGAGAUCGAUCGCAACAUUGACGAGCUUUCUGGUGCGGCUAAGCGUCUGAAUCUACUUGCUCGUGCUACCGGUGAAGAAGUUGAGCAACAGAACCAGCUCAUACAGAACAUUGCUGAAAAGAGCGACCGGUUCGACGAUCGACUACAUUUCCAAACUGAGAGGCUGAAGAGGAUCCGAUAACGGAUCCUUUGCGGAAGUACGUUGCACAACAACCGCUGCUCGUCGUCAGCCGGCGGUCCAUUAACCUUGCUUUAAGGGGCAUGUCGAACUGUCCCCUUCGGCCUCGGACAUGCUUGUAGGCAGAUCUAUGGCUGGAGCCUUGUUGAUCCGAUGAUCCCCCAGCGUCUUCCCAAGGCCCUCGACAUCUCAACAUCCAGGCUUCUCGGGCCUCGACACGAGCAGAAUUUCACCGUUACCCGCGGAUGAUCGGUAUUUGUUGUUCUCUAUGGACGGGAUGAAAGUAUCAUGACUUUUUGCUUCAGCCGGAGUUUGAAAUAGAUUAUCUUGGUGUUGGCGUCCAUGGUGGAUUCAUGAUUUGGAGGUGCACUCAGAUUCAUAGCAAGCGCAUGACCAACAUCCAAAACUGUCUUGACUACCUACGUGUCUCACGUACCUGAGACAUUCCGAUCGACCUACGCUACAGGCCCAAGAAGCUUCAGCGAGCUGGCCGUGCCGCCGGAUACUAAUACCCGUGGACAUUUUUGUUUUUCUUCGGUGGCGAGUAUUCGCAGUAGACGCAUGCAUCCUACGAUGACUCCUACCGGAACAACUUUCCGUUGUUUCUGUUGCCUUGUCUCCCUAUCCGCGUAGCAGGUACCUACCCAGGUAGGUACCUGGCCGCCUAUUUGGAUGCUUCGAGACCCGCAGUGGCUGAGGCUCACAAGUCCGAGACUAAACUCUCGUGCAGGAAAAC